GACUUCGUCUGGGUGAGGGAGAAUGGUAGAUGUGUAGAACCGUGAUGUGGUGAAACAAACCGGGUUCUGUCACGUCGGUGUGUGGUGUGUGUUUAAUAGACCGGAGGUUGAGUAGAUUAAUUAACUCUUCUUAAAGAACAUGAGUAUUGCUUGCUGCAUUUUCUCCUCUUCUUUAUUUCGUGUAUUCAUACUUCAUAGAUAAACCUUAGGAGUUGCUUAGUAUCUGUUCGGUAUGAUAAGAUUUCAUAGAUUUUCGUUUACUGUUGAGUUCGUUGAUCUGCGUUCUUGCUAAAAAACCCUCCUUGAUGAUCCCGAUUUUUCUUUUGGAAGUAAUAGGCCAUCUGGGUUUUGCUUUUAGAAGUGAUUAGUAAUCUGGCUUUUGCUCAAAACUUAGUUGGCCGAUUUGGGUUCUGCUGGGGACGAGCUUUAUGAGCUGAGAAUGGAGAUUGCGGCGCAUUUGGGGUCCGGUGGGUAAAGUUUGGUGAUUUCUUCAAUUUCAAGUUUUGAAACGUGGGUUUGGCGUAAGAUUGGAAAUUGAUCACUGGGUUCAGCUCAAAGUUUGGCUUUUGCUUGAGAAUCAAGUGUAAUUUAAUGACGAAUCAAGUGGAAUUUGCACAAGUCAUUUCCUUUCAUGAAUGAUUCUGAUACGUAGGACUGUAGGAGAUAGUUGGUCACUCUGUCUGUCAUCGUUGGGUUUGAUUGCGGAAAUAGAUGGCUAGUACAGCGACAUCUCCGGAAUCAUCUCCCUCAACAGUGCCGCCGUCUUCGAACACUGUAUCACCUUCCACAACAACUUCGUCGCCACAACCAUCAUCCAGCACCACUCCGCCCGCACAAACCUCUUCUCCUCCUGCUCCAGCCCCCCCUACAAUUUCCACGCCUUCUGGGCCCAGUGCCGAUCCGCCGGACCCUGCUACCUCUUCAACUUCAUCUCCUCUGACACAGUCCCCUCCUCCCGUUGUCCCUACGUCUCCUCCUCCGGUCCCGGAGUCAUCCUCACCACCCUCUCCUUCUGGGACUUCACCCCCAUUGACACCUACAAUAUCAUCUCCUCCUCCUCCUCUCCAGUCUGAUCCUCCUACAUCACCAUCACCUCCAUCAUCCAAUGUUCCUCCUCCUUUGCCUUCCAAAUCUCCACCUCCAGAGAAUUCGCCUCCACCACCUUCAAAAUCUGAUCCCCCAGUAAAUUCACCUCCUCCUCCUCCUCCUCCUCCAUCAUCAACACCACCAGCGAAGUCACCUCCACCAGCAGCAUCAACCCCUCCUGUAUAUUCACCACCUCCACCAGCAUCUGUGCCACCCCUAAGUUCACCACCAACACCGGCAUCAACCCCUCCUGUAAAUUCACCUCCACCGGCAGCAUCCGGGCCACCUCAAAGUUCGCCUCCAACACCCGCAUCAACCACUCCUGUAAACUCACCUCCUACUCCAGCAUCAGUGCCACCCCAAAGUUCACCUCCACCACCCAAGGUUACUCCUGUUCCACCUGGUUCUGAACCAACUCCACCGCCUUCAAAUUCUCCUCCAAAGACAUUGCCUCCAUCACCCAUCAUACAUCUUGCACCACCUCCGCCCUCACAUGUUUCUGCCCCAUCUCCUUAUCAAAAUCCAAUCCCCCCAUCAAAUGAUCUAGCUAAGAACAAGUCUAGUUCUAAUGAAGUAUCAAACUCCACUGGUAAUGGGACCAUUGGCAUCACUGGUAUAGUGGCUAUUGGUGUGGUGGUGGGAAUCAUAGUUCUUAGCCUAAUUGGAGUGGCUGUCUGGUGCAUGAGGAAGCAAAGAAAACGAUAUUCUGAAGUUAAUGGUCAUACCAUGUCAUCCCCUCCAGAUUCAUACAUUAUGAAGACACAUUCUUCAGCUCCCCUUUUACAAAGUGGUUCGGGCAGCAAUUUUGUCUCAUCUCCAGCAGAACCAAGUGGGUUAGGCAAUUCAAGGUUAUGGUUUACCUAUGAAGAGCUAGUCAAGGCCACAAAUGGGUUUUCAAAUGAGAAUCUUCUGGGUGAAGGUGGAUUUGGUUCUGUGUAUAAGGGAUACCUACCAGAUGGGAAAGAGGUAGCAGUCAAGCAGCUAAACAUUGGUGGGGGGCAGGGUGAGCGAGAAUUUAAAGCCGAAGUUGAGAUUAUUGGUCGUAUACACCACCGUCAUUUGGUGUCAUUAGUCGGCUACUGCAUUUCUGAGAACCGAAGGCUGCUUGUCUAUGACUAUGUCCCUAAUGAUACCCUUUAUUGCCAUCUUCAUGGUGAAGGUAGGCCGGCUCUGGACUGGGCAACACGUGUUAAGGUUGCUGCUGGUGCAGCUCGUGGAAUAGCUUAUCUUCAUGAAGACUGUCAUCCUCGAAUUAUUCACAGGGAUAUUAAGUCAUCAAAUAUUCUUUUAGAUAACAACUUUGAAGCUCGGGUUUCAGACUUUGGACUUGCCAAAUUAGCUCUUGAUGCAGAUACACAUAUAACCACCCGUGUCAUGGGAACUUUUGGAUAUAUGGCCCCUGAAUAUGCAUCAAGUGGGAAAUUGACUGAUAAAUCUGAUGUAUACUCCUUCGGAGUUGUGCUUCUGGAGCUAAUUACUGGAAGGAAGCCUGUGGAUGCAUCCCAACCCUUGGGGGAUGAGAGUCUUGUUGAAUGGGCUCGACCUUUGCUAAAUCAUGCACUUGAUGAUGUAGAAUUUAAACAUUUGGCAGAUCCAAGGCUCAUGAACUAUGUUGGGAGUGAAAUGUUCCGUCUGAUUGAGGUAGCUGCUGCUUGUGUGCGACAUUCAGCAGCCAAGAGGCCAAGAAUGGGACUGGUUGUUAGAGCCUUUGAUAGUUUAGCUACUUCCGAUCUAAGCAAUGGAAUGAGAGUGGGGGAAAGUGCAGUGUUUGACUCCGCACAGCAAUCCGAAGAAAUCAGAUUGUUUCGGAGGAUGGCAUUUGGUAGUCAAAAUUACAGUACAGAUUUUUUUAGCCAAAGUAACUUGGAUAGUUAAGAGGACCUGGUAGAUCUUGGGAGAGAUGGAAAAACUGAACCAGGAGAGUCUGCCAAGCUGCGCUGGAGCCUUGUUCAAGUUGAUUAAAUUGCAGAGUUUGGCUCGGCUGAGAUGUAGUCAUUGCCUGUAAAUCAAACGAUUCUUGAAACCUGCAGGUUUCUUUUUAGCUCCAUGCAUAUACAUUUGGUGCUUUUGUACUUAAUUCUUGUUCUUUUUUUUUUUUUUUUUAGUCUCCACCGAUAUAUGGAGUUGCUAAUACAGCUCUUUUUUCCCAGUUUUGUUACACAAAGGGAUCUGUAUAACAAGUGGGAGACUGGUAGAUUCUUCUUUUUCACUACCCUUUUGUCAUAAAUCAACAUCUGAAUGCUAUGUUAAAGCUUUCCAA